UAAUAUACUUGAAACUCUAGCAGUAAUAUUUUAAUUAGUCUGUAGCAUUGGGACAUUGCAAUUCAUGGUUUUGGUGGAGCAAUGGAACUGGUUUUCAAGCACUUUUUUCAAGUCCUUUGUUAACGUUGUACAUCCAUUCAACCCUUCAGUAAUUUUUGGAUCGAAUUGAGCUCUCAAAUACUUGAUUAUCUAGGGCAGUUAACUGCAAUUCCUCAGCGUAUUUAUAAUCAUCUGAUUUAGGUUGACAGUGACCUCUUUAAUUCUCUUCCAUUUGUUUUAUCAUAUAUGUGUAAUUACUGAGAACGGCCUAGCACAACUGUGGAAAACAUCUGCUUUUCAAGUAGAGCCAAUAAAUACUUCUUGUACUUUUUUUUUUAAUACUCUUUGUGAGGAAACAUUGAAUUGAAACAAAGAAUGUUACAGUUGUUUGAAGGUGCUAGUCUAAACUAAGUCACAACUCAGACAUUCAUUGUAAUCUGUUGAUAUUAUGAGGAUGAGGUUUUUUGCAUGGAAGAAGCUUACAAGUUUUGAAGGGAAGUAUGACAAAAAUUAAACCCUCUUUCCCAAUAACAUUUGGGGAUCAGUGUAAAGAACAAACUAGAAAGAAAAUCUUAGAACAAAUGAAAUAAUUAGCCAAGGUUCUUUACAAACACCAAACCAAAAACUCCACCAAAAGAAAGAAAAAAAAAAAACUGCCAAAAAAACCAUUGUUUUGGCCAAUGGGUAACUUGGAAUUGGUAACACCUACUGCUUUUGAAGAAAGGUUUGCUGGAAGUAAAUCUGAUUUAACACUUCUUGUUGUUUCAGAUUGUCUUAGAAACUUUUGUUUGUGCUGCUGUUUUCAAUUGAAACUUGGAAGCAUGACUAAAACUGGGAGGGAACGAGUUAAACACUUGGCUUUGCAUUUAAGCUCUGAUGGCUAAACUAUCUUUGUGAGACACCCGGAAAUCUUCGUGUAUCAAAACGCGGCUAACCGCUGCUGUGUAACUAUGUAGCAGCUAACAGAAGAACGUCCCUCUUUCCUUGGAACAACCGUGUCCUCACUUCCAAAAGCUGUAACACAAGGAGGAACUGCUGCAGUGCGAGGAUCAGAGCACUUGGGAACAUGGUUCUGAGAGAGAGAGAAGCCAGCAGCAGCUCCGCCAAUGACAAGCAAGAUCAGAACUGCAGUCGUGUUAUUAUAAUUGUCUUCCUGGCACUCUUCAUUGACUUGUUGGGAUUUGCUCUCAUCUUGCCAUUGUUUCCUUCCAUCCUUGAUUAUUACAGCCAGACUGGGGAUGGAUUCUAUUUGUCAUUGCAACGUGGUGUGGACUGGUUUGCAGCAAUGGUUGGAAUGCCUCCAGAGAGGAAAUACAACAGUGUCUUGUUUGGAGGUCUGAUUGGCUCAAUGUUUUCUAUCCUUCAGUUCUUCUCCUCUCCCCUCACUGGUGCUGUGUCAGACUGCUUGGGCAGAAGGCCAGCCAUCUUGAUGACAGCGAUGGGUUUGAUAGCAUCUUACGCACUGUGGGCUGCAUCUAGGUCUUUCGGCGUUUUUCUUCUCUCCAGGAUGAUAGGUGGAAUAAGCAAAGGGAAUGUCAGCCUCUGCACGGCUAUCAUUGCUGACUUGCACUCUCCAAAAGCACGGAGCAAGGGCAUGGCAAUGAUUGGUGUUGCUUUCUCCCUUGGUUUUACCCUGGGUCCCAUGAUUGGAGCUUAUCUAGCCAUGGAGACAGAAAAAGGAGAAGUCUUCUAUCUCCGUUCAGCGUUAUUAGCACUCUUGUUUGCUGUGGCUGAUUUAAUUUUCAUCUUCUUCCUGCUUCCAGAGACACUUCCCAAAGAAAAACGGGUCUCCUCUGUGACAACCGGGUUUCAGGCAGCAGCUGACUUGCUCAGUCCGUUGGCUUUGUUUCAGUUCUCUGCAGUCACCCGAGGAAAGGAAUCCCCUUCAGAUCAGAAUCUUCAGAACCUCAAAGUCUUGGGCCUGGCUUACUUCCUGUACCUCUUCCUGUUUUCUGGGUUGGAGUAUACGCUGAGUUUUCUUACUCACCAGAGAUUCCAGUUCAGCAGUAUGCAGCAGGGCAAGAUGUUUUUCUUUAUUGGAAUAACAAUGGCUGUGAUCCAGGGAGGCUACGCUCGCCGAAUAAAGCCAGGAAAUGAAAUCAGAGCCGUAAAAAGGGCCAUCCUGUUGCUGAUUCCAGCGUUCCUGUUAAUUGGAUGGGCUGCAGAUGUGACCCUGCUGAGCGCUGGACUGUUGCUGUACUCUUUUGUCUCUUCUGUGGAUUUUUCCAGCUGCUGCCAUUGUUAUCCCGUGUUUGUCUGCAGUGGUAUCAGGCUACGGUUCUGCCAGCCAAAAAGGAAGAGUCAUGGGGAUCCUGAGGAGCCUGGGGGCUCUUGCGAGGGCGCUGGGACCCGUCCUGUCAGCCACGGUUUACUGGCUGGCAGGGGCAGAGAGUUGCUUCACCGUCUGUGGAGCUUUCUUCCUCAUCCCCUUCAUUUUACUCAGUUCUAUCAAAGAGCAGACAAAGGAGGAGUAGGCAAAGGCAGGACAUAACCAGAGCUACCACCAGCUUGCCAGGACCUCCCCCCAACCCGCUUCUCACCACCUGACGCCACUGACCAACCUGGGAGUAGAGGAUCUCCUGCAAGGCAAGGUGCAGUGACCACCUGCAGUAACAGCGAGCUGCAGAUUUCUUAGCCUGCACAAGCAUUUCAGUUGACCACGGCCUCCCACCUGGCUUGGCCAGUUAUGAAAAUGAAAACAAAAAAAGGAAAACAAAACAGGCUGCAGUUUAGCAAAGCGUUAAGAUCAUCAGACGAGGCUGGGCACGCUGAGACUGGCUUUAUAGCAGCGCUGCUGCACACCAUGCCCCCAAAUAAUUCAACAUCGAGUGCUGUUCACCACCACACUGCAGCCCGGCCGGAGCCGCUCUUUGUGUAUCUGUCUCCUUUGUCAUUAGCACAAGCCCAAAGCCCCCAUGAAGAGGACUCUUCUGCCUCCAGCUCGCAGAGAACAAACGUACGGGAGCUGUGUGACGGACGCUGGAUGCUGCACAGCCACUUGUCACGAGAGCUGCACAAGUUAGUUAGCUUGUGGUGGACCUGCUAAGAGCUGCGUCAACUGCCUUAAAACCUGACAAUCCACAAGAAAGGCAAGCAGCACGCUCCAGGCUUCCUGAGCCUGACCGGCACUUUGGUGUUAAAGGACUGUUUUUACUAUACAAUUAAAUUGUUUUAUAUUUCUAAUACCACAUGCUUUUUGAUGACCAACCACUGUUCUUUUGCAUUACAAAUAAACUGUUACGUUGUGCACUCA